AUGUCCACCCUGAUCCAGGAACAAAUAGAUGCAGCCGUCGACGACGGGUUUGCCCAGCGGGGCUGCUGCUUCUGGGGAAGCCCGCCCCGAGAAUACGACGGCGAUGACCGGCCGUGCUCGGUGACAGCAUGGUGGGAGCGGGUUGGGGUUCCCGGAGGGAACGAGAAGCCGUGGUGGUUCCGGGUUUGGAAGAGGAUGAGGGAGUGGUCGGAGUUGGCGGCCGGCCCGCAGUGGAAGAUGUUCAUCCGCAGGUUCAGCAGGAACCAGCCCGGGAAGGGCGGGAAGUUCCAGUACGACCCCCUGAGCUAUGCGCGGAACUUCGACGAGGGGAGGGCCGAGCAGGAAGGUCAUUUCGAUGAGGAUGCCCUGUGGCGCGACUUCUCAUCGAGGUACGCCUCGAUACCGGCUUCUUGCAAGUCAUCGAUGGACCUCGGGAAGUCUGGUGGUCCCAUCUUCGAUAUAUUCUCAUGUAAAAAGUUUUUCUUCAACUUGAUUAAUAACUAA